AUGGCGCAUUCAACAGUCUUGGUCUUCGCACUUGCCUUAGCCAUCUCCUUGCAAGGCACUCUUGGUGGAUUGAUUAGUUUUGGCCGUGACAAUGACUUACGGUGCGAGGACCUUGAUCGGGAUUUGUGCGCCUUCUCGGUGUCCUCCACCGGCAAGAGGUGUGUGCUCGAGAGCCGCCUCCUUCGGUCAGGGUCGGAUGAGUACACAUGUGGAACGUCCGAGAUCGUGGCUGACAAGUUCAACAACCACGUCGAGACCGAAAAGUGUAUCCGAGCCUGUGGUGUCGAUCGUCGAGCCCUCGGCAUCUCGUCUGACUCCCUCCUCGACCGCAGGUUCGUCGCCAGCCUCUGCUCUGACGAGUGCUUCCAACACUGCCCCAACAUCGUCGACCUCUACUUCAACCUCGCCGCCGGUGAAGGUGUCUACCUUAUGAAAUUUUGUGAAGCGCGUCAAUCGGGAGGGCGUCGUGGAAUGAUGGAAGUCUUCAAGAGCUCCGGGGCAGUGGCUCUCUCACCGGGAAUGAAUGGAAUGGAUGAGCUGGCUGUCGAAGCAGGGGCCCCGGCUCCAUGCCCGAACAACGAGUAG